CAUGAAAACACCUCCAGUCGGUGUGUCACAUUUCUACUUUCCUGUUGCUCGCUAUCGAAUCAGUUUUCAGUUGGACAUGGACACCGUUCGUUAAAGCAUAGGAAAUAUUGGUAUAUUUACAUCCAUUUUCUUGGCUGCUUAUCCUCACCAGAGUCGCGGGAGUGCCGGAGCCAAUCCCAGCGCCAGCGGGGUACCGAUCAUCGAACGGAUGGGCUCGUCGGGUUUGGGUACUUUGCGACUUCUUUGGAAAAACACCAGGGGAACGGUGGACUUCGUGAGGUUGCGGGUUCACAUCCGCUCCACGUCCACGACUGGUUUUGUUUCGGCGCGCGACCGGUCCGGGGUCAGCCUCGUGCGUGUCGGCAUGCGAGGAUAAGGUCAAAAGGGCAAAACGUAGUUUGAAGUUUACACGUCAAAGAAAACACGAGCCACAUUGAACGUAUUUGUGACAGGAUUUAAAAUAAAUUCAAGAAAACCUCACAAUAAAAAAAAUAAAGUUUCGCCAGGGUGCGUUGACUUAUGCGUGCGAGCGCUGAUGUUCUCCGUUUGCGGCCGUUUGAAGGAAGAUGCGACACCGGGACCUUUUUGGAGGUCGUCGUCGUCCGUGUAAGUUUCGCGCGUCCGCUUGAGCUCCGACACAAACAAAACCCGGACGCCAAAAAAAAAAAAAAGCACUUUUCAAUGGUCUGACUAGCAAAAGGAAUCAAAACCAUGUAUUCAUAUCGGCAAAUGUUUACAAUGUUCAUACAGUGAGGAAAGUGUUUGAUUUUGCAAGUUCUCCCACUUUGAAACGUUGGCGGGAUGUGAAGAUCGCACCUCAUCCCCCAAAAUCUAAAUCAGUCAAUCAAUCCAUCCAUCCCAAAGUCUGGCUCGUGACGCCAUGAUGGCGACCUUCCACAGUUACCGUAAAGCACGUGGUGGAAGCGCAAGGGGGCGGGCUUUUGCGCGUGGCGCAUUUCGCGGGCCCAGGAAAGAAAAAUGAUCAAAUCCGGGCGGGUGCGGCGUCGGCCGGCCUCGCGACGCCCGCCGCGGAGACAUUCGGGCGCGUCGGGAGGGCUCCGCGUCGUGCUUGCAGCUCAGCCGGCGCCAAAAUGGCGUCCGACGGCGUGGGCGGGAAGUGGAAGUGGAAGCGGGGCGGCGCGCUUCCACUCGCGUCAUUACUGUAGAGGCGGAGAGACCCGCCAGAGGACGACGGGCGACCGACGACGACGGCUUCCAGGCGGCCGCCGCAGCAGUGCCAGCGAAGCCCCCCAGCCGACUUCGGGCGGCUGGGGGCGUGACAUGAGCCGCUAGCAUGAACGGAGCCGUGUACAUUCCGUUCUUCCAGGGCCAGCUCGAGUCGGUCCUGGAGCAGGUGGUCCAGCUGGCCGUCCAGGAGAUCAGCUCGACGGUCGGCUCCAGCCUCAACGCGCUGCUCCUGGAGGCCGCCGUCCACGAGCGGGAGAACCGGCGGCUGCGCCUGCGCCUGCAGGCGUGCGAGACCCGCCGGGCUCGCGGCGACGACAGCCCGGACGACGCGGCCGGGACCAAACCCGAGCGGCCGAGCCAGCAGCCCCGCGCGCCCACCGACGGCCGCCGCCUGGAGCAGAGGGGCCGAGUCGUGGAGCAGCUGAAGUGCGCCGUGGAGCGGGUCCUGCACUCGGCUCUGUGCCAGCUCAAGAAGAUGGUGGAAGCGUCCUUCGACGACCUCCUGCUGGAGAUCACCCAGAAGGAGUGCGAGAGGCAGCGGCUGCAGGCCCGACUGGACCGCCGGCGGGUCGCCGCUCGACGCGAGGCGCGGGACGAGGCGGGCGAGGACGGAACGGGGGCCGUCGCCGACGAGGAGGACGCGGCGGCGUCCGGACACCAGUGGUGCGCGGACGUCUGGGAGGUCAAAGGGUCGCCCGGAGGGGGCGGGGAAAGCGAGGCGCCCGCGCUGAGCCUGGGGUCGCCCCCGCCGCCGGAGCCCCGCUGGACGCCUCUGGAGGACAUGGACGUCCUCUCGCCCGACCGAGAUGCCGGGCCGCCGCCCGCGUCUCCGCUGAACCCCUCAGGAAGCGGGGGCGCCGGCUCGUCCGCCUCCAUGCUGCAGCGCCUGCUGACCGCCUCCCAGCUGCCGGACGACCACGCGGGCGCCGCCCACGAGAAGCCGCGGGAGGACGAGGAGGGCGAGGGCGAGGAGGAAGAAGAGGACGGGCCGGGCAAGAAGGCCAAGAGACGCAAGGUCCGGUCCGAGUGCGAGGAUUGCGGCCGCGGGUUCGGUCGGGCGCCGCCGCUCAAAGCUCGUGGCCCGACUCGCGGCGACGAGGACGUGUCGCCGCGACGGUGUUCGCGCUGCGGCCGCCGCUUCUCCUCGGCGAGGCGCCUCCGCGGCCGCUCGCGAGCCCAGCACCGUUCGUGAGCCCCCCCCAGGAGACCGACGCCGCUUAACGGUACGCCGCUUCUUUGUGAGGAGAGUCAAAUAUGGCAAAAAGGAAAGAAAAAUACUUUUGCUCCAUCCAUCAUCAAUCGCAAUUUUACAAAACUCCAUUGCUGGACAAACGAGCACAACAAUUGGAAUCGCAACUGAUUGAAAAGAAGGAGGGCAGGCCUUAUUCGACGACGCGUCGUCGUCUUCAAAAUUCGGGUGGGUGGGCCGCAGGCAUCCAUUUUUACGCGUCAAGCUGUUUCUUUUACACUCCCAGUUGAAGUUGACCGUAAACGUUGUAUCUUUUCAUCUAAUGGUUGAUUUUUUUUUUUUUUUUGGUUGAAGAAGCGUCUCCAUUUUAUCAAAGGAACGCCAGCUCACUCGACGCUAACCCAAGACCGGAUACAUUGAUUGAUUUUUAUCUGGAUUGAUUUCAAGUCAUCCGAAAGGUGAACGCCCGCUCGUUCUCUUUUGAUGUCGGCAAUGGAACGAACAAACAACUUGCGGCUCUUUGUUUUCCAAAGAGCCAAAGUGUGCUUGCUUCAGCAGAUUUUGUCACUUCUGGUACAAGUUUCCCUGUGAAAAUUCAACAUUUGAGAUUUCAAAGCCAAAAUGUUCUAUCGAGCCACACACAAAAGUCUUAAUCAUCUUUCUUAUCAUUCAUUUCAUGGACGGUUUCGCUGACAUGAGUGCAGAUGUGAUGUUAAUCGUGAUCAGUGUUGCAAAACAAUUUUUCAUUUUCAUUUGCUCUGUCAGUUGUAGUCACCGCAUUUGGAAUGAUUCGCUCAUCCCCCCCCCCCCAAAAAAAAAAAAAAAAAUAAAAAAAAAGUCUUCAAAAUGUCCAAUUCAGUGGGUUUGCUGGACCACGCCGAUGGCAAAACUUGAUGAUCGUGGAUGGCAGCAAAGCUUCCUGGACAGGAAGUGACGGAGGAGCAUUUCCCGCUUGUUUCUGCUUUUCCGCAAAUGCGUCGCGUCGGUCACGCGAGCGACGACGAUUACGGAAGGGUCUGGGACAGGUCGCCGAGGAGCUGGACAUUCCGGGCGUUCCGCCGGUCUCUCAGGAUUGUUGUUGUUUUUCCCGCUUUGUGUUCCACUGGCAAAUGUUUCCCGUGACUUCCUGGCGUUCCGCCUCGCACGCCGCUUUUGUUACCUCAGUCACAUUUUGAGCCGUCGACGGAUGUUUGGAGAACAAACUUUUUGACAAUUAUUUAUUCUGUUGUAUGUAUAAAUAUUGCAUAUGGAUUUUAAGGCCUAUAUGUGAAAAGAGGUGCAGUACUUAUAUUGUCCACGUGAGGGCGUAAGCACGUUCGUGAUCUCACGCGGAUGUGACGUGACAAUGAGACAAUUUCCUCAAUUAAGCGAUGACGCCGUUUCUCACUGACAAUCCUGGAAGUGUCGUCAUCAAAAAAAAAAACAAAAAAACAUGGGAACCCACAUUUCUUUUUUUUUUUUUUUUUUCAAUUCAGUACUGUAGUUAAAUAAAAUCAAGCUAAAUGUUGCUUUUUACCUGCAUUUUUUUUUUUUUUUUUUUGGGUGUGUUGAUACUGUUAUGAAACCAGAUGUUUACAUUCAAUGUGCAAAAAACAUUUCAUUUUUUUUCUGACUAAAGGUCUCGUGUUUCACGUCACGUUUCGUUAAAUGCCGCAACGAUGAGAGAGAGAACUUGAUACGAGCCU